AUGGAGCCUUCUAACAAGAAACGGCGUCUCGCCCCAAAACAACCUCUCCACGAGCAGUCACCGCAGGCACAUUAUGAUUAUCAGCCUAUGCCGUCUGUUCAAGACGCAGCCGCCCCUCCCGAGCGCAGCGACUUCGAGUCCUUUGCUCGACAUCUGCAGGACGCGGCGAUGCUCAUCUAUGCGCAAGCCAACCGAUCCCCAUAUACGAGUGUCUCGGUUCUCCUUCUACGAUGGGAAGAUGACUUGGGUGCCGAGAAGGACCUUUUGCAGCUGCAGAAGGUUUUCCGCGACCGCUUCAAUUAUCGAACCGAGUCGUGGUGUAUACCCAGUUGUCCGAACCCAAGUGUCAAGCUCACGAUGCAAAUGGCACAACAUAUCGAAUAUGCCAGAGCUGACCACCUGUUGAUUGUGUACUAUGCUGGUUAUGGCUUUGUUGGCUCCGACCAUCACUUAUACUGGGCCUGCAAUGCUCGAGAGGACGCAUCUAAACUCAAGUGGGAAGGCAUUAGAUGCCUUCUUGAAGACGCACAAUCGGACAUCCUUCUUCUACUCGAUACUUGUGCAAUCACCGAUGCUCCUGCUGCCGGCAGUCACGGUGUGAAACAGGCUAUUGCAGCUUAUAGUCCUGACCAUGCAGCACGCGAACCGGGCUCUCGAUCAUUCACCUAUCACUUGAUUGAAGCUCUUAAUAAAUUAGGCAAUGGUCGUCCUUUCAGUAUACAGCGACUCCAUGAGGAAAUAAUAUCGCAGAAACACAACCGCAUCCUACAACAAGCCGGCCUCACCAAUGGCACUGGAAAGGGUGCCUCUGCACACGAGAGGAUGCCAGUGUGUUUCACAUUGACAGCUGGUACCUUGCAAAGUAUUGUCAUAUCACCUCUGGGUUCACAGGGACAAGGCUCUCAUAUGACUUCUCCAUUGGGCUCACCUGAUAACAUUGUACAAGCCGAGCAGCAGGGGAUAAAAGCCAAUUCGAAUUCGGAUCUCACAUUCGAGGAAGUGAGAGCAUUGGUAUGCACAACCUUCCUCGGCGAGCCAAGUCAAGAUAUGGCUUCCUUCAAGCAAUGGCUGCAGAAUACACCUCAGGCGGCUUCAAAAAUUACCGUGGAGGGCAUGUUCCAUGGGCCCCCGACAGUCCUCUUGAUCUCAAUGCCAAUUGCAGUCUAUAAUGUGAUCGCUGCUGAUCGCACGUGUGGCUUAUUGGGAUACGUCAACUCCCACAACAUGACAGCCGAGUAUCAGCAUCUCUUAGGCACAAUUUCGCCGAUUGGCAAGGCGGCAACCUCCAAGGAGUUGGAAGAUGGCAAGAUCCUUCUCGAGGCUCGUGAGGCUGCGGCCUCAACUCCUGUUAUGAUUCGACGUGAGCCUUCUCAACCCCUCAGGCAACAAGAAUCCAUGCAAUCUAUCCGUCAGGAGUCAAUGAGGCAGGAUCCAAUGGCACUUGGCACCCCAAAUGCGUUGCCCCAGGUGAUGUAUCAAGACCCAGGACCAUCUGUUAUUCCCGAUCAUAAGGACGAUGUUGAGGAUUCUGUCGAGAUGCACGAGGCUGCGGAACAGCUCAAGGCACUUAGCCACGUUCGCCACCUCAGUCACGAUCAUGCGCCUAGCGAACGCAACAAUUCACAUAUUCCUUCCGAAGACUCACCCGGAAUAAGGAGUGGCAGAGAAGACUCUAUAUCGUCGCAGGACGGCGGAGAUUCUGGUGCCGAAGACCAUCUGUACAACUCGGAAUACAACUCACCUGCCUCACGACCGAAAGCUCGCCGAUCAAUCCAGAAACAGGGGCCAAAACAAGAUACACGGUGUUCACUCUGCAGUCAUGCGCCAUUUAAAGAUUCCUCCUCCCUUCGCAAACACAUCGCAGCUGCACACACGCGACCCUUCCCCUGCGCUUUCUCUUUCGCCGGUUGCACCAGCACCUUUGGUUCCAAGAACGAGUGGAAACGGCAUAUCGCCUCUCAGCACCUCUGUUUAACCUACUACCGCUGCUCAUCUUGUCCACAAAGCACAGUCGAGGGCAAGGGCAACGAAUUCAAUCGCAAAGAUCUCUUCACGCAGCACCUGCGCCGCAUGCACGCACCCUUUGCGAUCAAGAAAGCGAUCGCGAAAGGCGACUCGAAGUUACAACUCGAGUGGGAAACGCACGUGAAGGAAAUGCAGGCCAGCUGCCUAGUAAUCAGGAGGCAACCUCCUCAACGAAGUGCUUGUCCCAAGCCAGAUUGUAGUAAUGUCUUUGAAGGCGCUGGCAGCUGGGACGAUUGGACAGAGCACGUGGGAAGGCAUAUGGAGAAGGGCGAGGCGGGACAGCUGGGAGUAGAUCGGUUGUUGGCGCGGUGGGCACUCGACGAGGGAAUCAUCGAACGCAAGGAGGAUGGCGAGUACAGGCUCUGUGGCACGGAACGAGAAGGCGGCAUGAGUGCCGGGUAUUAUAGUGAUGGGAAUGGCGGCGUGAUGGCCGGGAAGAGAGAAGUGGACGAUAGUGGGAUGGGCAAGGAGGGGGAUAGCAUGCUCCUUGAUGGCUGA